AUGCCUGGAAGAAACUCUGAACAAGGGUCAAGUUUGGCUCCUGUAAAAGUCCAUGGCCUGGAGAUACAAGUCACGCCUCGAGUGUUGGAGAUUGGGGUCACCAGGUACCUGACGGUCAAAUGUCUGGCACCAAAAGAGAUCCCGUCGACCAUCGAUAGUCUGAUUUCAUUGGCCAUCUUUAGAUCCGAUGGUUCGCAGGGUUCCGCUUUCAAAGAACUUUCCUCCAUCAACGCUUUUCAUGCAGACAGCCAGGUCAUCCAAAACGUCAAAGACAACGAAACAUCAGAAGGAAAAAUUGACAACAACGGCCUGUCAUACUUAACUCUAGUUUGGGAAUUCCCGGACGCCAGUAAAGCCGGGGUGUACGUGUGUCAAGCUAACGGUGUGGAUUUUUCCGGUCACCCCGUUUCUAAAAAUAGUCCAGCGAUUUCUGUUCAGUCGACUCAUCCCGGAGUAGAAUCGCUGGUUAAUCAAAUGAAAAAUUUUACAACUCAGAUGGAGCAAGUACUCAGUGCGGUCAGCGGUCUUGAAAACUUCAGAGAAGUCUGGAUCAAUCGCGUACAGCGUAUGAAAUCUGUCAUGUUUAGUUCAAACGUUUCUUACAACGGACAUGGUUAUUAUCUGUCUUUCUUACAUAGGUCUAUGAUCGUACACGAUUUUUCAGCCGUCUGCGAAAUGUUUGGUGGUUAUUUGGUAGAGAUCGAUUCCACGGAUGAAUUUACUUUCCUCGGUAAUUUUGUAAAUAACCAUUCAGAUAUUAAUUGGGUCCCUACCGGAAUAACCGAUGAACUAAACGAAAACGUGUGGAUUAACAUGAAUGCUGGCACCGUUGCUACGAAUUACAUCCAAUUCGCCGCACGGGAGCCAAACGGUGGCCGCGGUGAAAAUUGUCUGGCACUGUCUCGAGAAAAUGGGUGGAAGAUAGUUGAUAUCGCCUGCUCCUAUGCAUGGCCCAGUUUUCAAAUGGGAUUUGUAUGUGAAAUUCCAGAGUAAAAAUUUCCAGUUUCAUAUUUUAAUUUAUAAUCACAAUGUUCCUUGUAAUCAAUGGGUUUUUUUUUUAUCCUGUAAAAUGUUCAACAAUUAAACGGUUUCUUGAAAACCAGUUGUAUUAUCAAAACGUGUUUAAAAUUAUACAGCCAAUUCGUACUAUGAUAACAAUUAGCCUUUAUAUACAUGUAGUUUUAUUACCUACUUACAGUGGUACUUUUAAAAUACUAAUGCGAAUA